AUGCAGCGCCGCGGGCCCCGCUCCGUGUUGCUGUUGCUGCCGCUGGCCCUGCUGCUGGUGCUGCUGCUGGGGGCGGCCACCGCUGCUCCCUUGGCACCAAGACCCUCCAAGGAAGAGCUGACCCGCUGUCUGGCCGAGGUGGUCACAGAAGUGCUGACACUGGGCCAGGCCCAGAGAAGCCCCUGCACAGCUCUCCUCCACACAGAGAUGUGUGAGACAGAGCCCUGUGGCUGUGCGUCCACCAAGGAGAAGGGCCUACUGGUUGGGGAGUUCCGGAAGCAAGAGGCUGGGAAGACGGGGCCCAGCCAGGAAGUGAGGGAAGAGGAAGAGGAAGCAGCGGAGAGGGCCCCCAAGUCUGAGGUGCGGCCACAGACCAUCCAGGAGCAGCUGCACAGCCGCCUCCGCCAGGAGGAGGAGGAGGCGGAGGAGAAGGGCAUGCGGCUGCUCGGCGGGGGCCGCAGCCUGCGGCACGGGGCGCAGGGGGGCGGAGAGGGGGGGCACGAGCACUCACCGCACCACCACCGCCACCAGCAGCCAGAAGCCGAGCCCAAGCAGGAGGAGAAGGAAGAGGCUCCAGAGAGGGAGGAGCACGACAUGGAGCGGCUGGAGCACGUGAGAGAGGAGCUAAAGAAGGCAACGGAGAUGCUGGGGGAGGAGAUCAGGAGGGAGGGAUGACCCCCGGCCUCAUGUCCUCCUUCCCGACACACCCUAUGGCUGAGGACUAUGGACCCCCCCAAACAGCCCACUCCAUUCCCCAACCUGCAGGAACGGGAAGAAGGGUGGGCCGUGCGACCGGGCCCGGGGCUGAGUCUGAGUUGGGUAGAGGGGCUGGGCUCACACUGACUCAGGGCACACCCGGCCUCCCGCGUCACCCACUCCAACCCUUCAGUGUGAAUAAAGCA